GGCUGUUCUUAGCGCCUUUGGCCCAGCUUGCGGUUCGCCAUGGCGGUCAAGGCGAAGCGAGCGACGAUGAUGCAGGCGACCCGGGCCUCGAUCCUGCCACUGGCCCAAGCUCCAGGCGCUUUGCCGGUGGCAGUUGGGGACCAGGUGGUUGUGGGGGAUCAGCAGUUGCAGGGGGUGGUGCGGUACGCGGGCGCCACAAAGUUUGCCGCCGGCGAGUGGCUGGGUAUUGAGCUCGAGAAGAAGGCGGGGAAGAACAACGGCUCUGUCAAAGGCGAGGUCUACUUCGAGUGCGAGCCAGAGUACGGGAUCUUCGUCCGGCCCACGGCAGUGAUGAAGCUAGGCGACCUAUCAGCGCUCAGCGCAGGUGAGUCGACGGCGAGUGGGUCGCCUGCGUCACUGGCGCCCCCGUCCCCGACACUGGAGGCACCCAAGGAGAUGAAGAGGAAGGAGGAGCGGAAGUCUCGGGCGCUCGCAGCCAAGGAGCUUGAGCCCAUGUCCGCGGAGCGCAGCAAAGCACAGUACGAGCUGGCGGAGGCCAUGGAGGAGCACGACCUCCCGCGGCUCCGCCGCGCGCUGCCGGUGGCGCAGAACCUGGGCGUGGCCCAGGAGGAGAUUGAGGGCGCCAAGAAGAUCUUAGAGUACCAGGCCAACGCGGCGGCGCUGACGGAGGUGCAGCGUUUGCACACGUCCCUGGCGAACCUGCGGCACAAGCUGCAAGAGCUGGAGGCCCAAAAGGUCUUUGCAGAAAUGACCCGACAACGGUCCGUGGAGGAGGUGCAGGCGCGAGCGAGGCAAGCGGCUGCAGACAAGUUGGAGAAGCGGCUCUGGAGUAGAUUGGAGCCGACCAUUUCUCGGCUGGUGCAAGGCGCCACUGCCAAGACGCAGGCGAGGCUCGCAGCUGCCAAGGACCGAGGCCAGCUCUUCUGCUCGCAAUGCUCCAAGAAGUUCUGUCGAGAGGAGCUUGCCGCGGAAAUGAAGAAUGAAGUUGCUGCGGAGCUGAAGGCUGGUAUCUCCAAAGAGGAGCUGCAGAAACCUGCGGCUCCCGUGGCUCCAGCAGCUCCAGAUGCAUUAGCCAGACAAAUGGCAAAGGGAACGAUGUCUAUGUGUUAUUCCAGCGUUGCCACGCGUUUGCUGCAGACAACAAGCUUUGAGCAGCUGGAUGCAGAUGGAGAUGGCAAGGUGACCAAAGCAGAGCUAGCUGCAGCGCUGACUGACAUGAAGGUUGAGGGCAAUGAGGCAGAAGCAGCCAAAGAGCAAAUUGUACAAAUGGCAGACAAAGAUGGGGAUGGUGUCAUCUCAAAAGAGGAGCUGCAGCAAGCCAAAGCUGAUGUGGCUGCAGCCGAGCAACCGCAACCCGCAGACCCCGUUGCUCCUGCAGCUCCAGAUGCAUCAACCACACAAAUGGCAAAGGGAACGAUGUCUAUGUGUUAUGCCAGCGUUGCGACACGUCUGAUGCAGACAAAAAGCUUUGAGCAGCUGGAUGCAGAUGGAGAUGGCAAGGUGACCAAGGAAGAGCUAGCUGCGGCGCUGACUGACAUGAAGGUUGAGGGCAAUGAGGCGGAAGCAGCCAAAGAGCAAAUUAUACAAAUGGCAGACAAGGAUGGGGAUGGUGUCAUCUCAAAGGAGGAGCUGCAGCAAGCCAAAGCUGAUGUGGCUGCAGCCGAGCAACCGCAACCCGCAGCCCCCGUUGCUCCUGCAGCUCCAGAUGCAUCAACCACACAAAUGGCAAAGGGAACGAUGUCUAUGUGUUAUGCCAGCGUUGCGACACGUCUGAUGCAGACAAAAAGCUUUGAGCAGCUGGAUGCAGAUGGAGACGGCAAGGUGACCAAGGAAGAGCUAGCUGCAGCGCUGACUGACAUGAAGGUUGAUGGCAAGGAGGCGGAAGAAGCGAAAGAGCAAAUCAUGCAGAUGGCUGAUCAAGACGGGGACGGAGUCAUUUCCAGCAAAGAGUUGGAAGAAGCCAAGGCUAAGCAUGUGAAUGGCACAGCUGUGCCCGCAUAGCCUUCUGGCGAUGACCACGUUGCACCAUUCCACCU